GGAAGCAAAGCACCCCGGGGCCCUCCCCCCAAGGGCCCUCCUCCCACCCCCGGUGCCAAAGCAGGAAGGAGGGCGGGCUUCCGCAGAGCCGGCCUGGGAGGUCACUCACAGAUAAGGGGUUUUUCUACCCGAGAGUCCUGGGAGAGGAAAUGGAGCCCCCACACUCAAGACAAAGCCCAGCCUACCGGGGCUACAACCAGAUGCCCUGGAUCAGGAACCACGUGUGGAGGUUAGAUCCUGAUACCUUUUACUUCCAGUUUCACAACCUGCUCUACGCCAACGGGCGGAACUGCUCCUACAUCUGCUACCGGGUAGAAAGAAGGAAACACCGCUCAUGUGUCGCCUUCGACUGGGGGGUCUUUCAUAACCAGGUCAAUGCUGGGACUCGCUGCCACACCGAACUCCACUUCCUGUCUUGGUUCUGCAAAAUGAAGCUGCACCCUGACGAGUGUUACCACAUCACCUGGUACAUGUCGUGGAGCCCCUGCGUGAAGUGCGCGAAGCAGGUGGCUAACUUCCUGGCGAGGUACCGGAAUGUGACGCUCAGCAUCUUCGCUGCCCGCCUCUACUACUUCCAAGACGUGGCGUACAGGCAGGGGCUGCUUGGGCUGAGCCAGCAGGGGGCCAGGGUGGACAUUAUGUCCUACCGAGAAUUCAAAUACUGUUGGAAAAAGUUUGUAGACAGUCAGAGGAGGCGCUUCAAGCCUUGGAAGAAACUGAACAUAAAUUAUCAGCAGCUGGUUGCAGAGCUCGACGACAUUCUCGGAAACACAAUGAAUCUGCUAAGAGAAACUCUGUUCAAGCAUCAGUUUGGCAACCAGCCCCGGGUCCCACCACCUCACUAUCGGAGGAAAACCUACCUGUGUUACCAGCUGAAGCAGCUUGACGACUCAACGCUUGACAGAGGCUGCUUCCGAAACAAGAAGCAGCGGCAUGCAGAAAUUCGCUUUAUUGACAAGAUCAACUCACUGAAUCUGGACCCGAGGCAGAGCUACAAAAUCAUCUGCUAUAUCACAUGGAGCCCUUGCCCGCGAUGUGCCAGUGAGCUGGUCGAUUUCAUCAUGGGAAACGACCACCUGAACCUGCAGAUCUUUGCCUCCCGCCUGUACUUUCACUGGAAAAAGCCGUUCCAGAGGGGGCUGCAGCAACUGCAGGAAGCCGGGAUCUCAGUGGCUGUCAUGACCCACACAGAGUUUGAAGACUGCUGGGAACAGUUUGUGGACAACCAGUCAAGGCCCUUCCAGCCCUGGGAGAAGCUGCAGCAAUACAGUGCGAGCAUAACACGAAGGCUCCAGAGGAUCCUGACGAUCUUCUUUGUGGCUUCCCUGGUGGCUCAGAUGAUAAAGAAUCUGCUUGCAACGCAGGAGAUCUGGAUUUGAUCCCUGGAUCAGGAAGAUCCCCUGGAGAAGGGAAUGUCUAGCCACUCCCACGUUCUUGCCUGGAGAAGUCCAUGGACAGAGGAGCCUGGUGGGCUACUGUGGACUAUAGUCCAUGGGGCUGCAAAGAGUCAGACAUGACUGAGUGACUGACACUUCUUUGUGGCACGCAGCCUCUUAGAUGCCCUGCAGCAUGUGGGAUAUUAGUUCCUCUACCAGGAUUCGAACUCGAGUCCCCUACAUUGGAAGGCAGACUCUUUAUCACUGGACCACCAGGGAAGUCCCUUAAUAAAUUCUCGUUAGCUCUCUGUUUCUCUCCAGGCCUCCAUGGUACACCGUGACUCGGUUCCAGUCCCUGCAUUUUCAGUAUCACCUCUCCUCCCCUACCUCCCUCACAGUUUCCUGACAAUCAAAGCUUUCUCAUUCCUCUCU